AAACACUGAUGACUGAACCAAGAAAAUUGAAUAAUCACGACUGUAGCGCUCGUUCAUUUUGGCGUCAGUGGGAAGAACGGAAGAACUAAUUCCGUCAAAUUUCACAGAUCAAAAAAAAAACCAAGUUUUCAUCCUACCAUUUAAGAGCCCCAUCUAUGAAAAAAUUGUUUAAAAAUGGAAAAGCAUAAAAUUGACAUUCAACCGGAUUUAUCCAUCAAAGUUCCUGUAAUUUGCGUAAUUGGAGGUCCUGGCAGCGGUAAAAGUACUUUAUGCAAAUUACUAGCGAAACAUUACGGCAUAUUUCAUAUCUCAAUUGGUAACUUAUUACGUGAAGAAGAGAAAUCAGGGUCUCAGCAAAGUUUUCAAAUCGCUCGAGCUCUAAAAUCCGGAGAAAUUGUCGAUGCGGUAAGGGAUUUAGUAAUUCGUAUGCUAGAAAAAGAAAUGUUACGGAACACCUCUCAUAAUGGCUACUUAUUAGAUGGUUUUCCUCGAGAUGUAAAACAUGGUUUCAAAUUCGAACAAAAGAUCGCUUCGAUCAAUUGUAUUUUAUUCUUACAAGCUUCCUCAGCCACUUUGAAAAAACGUUUACUGAAACGUUCCAAAAAUUCGGACAGAAUUGACGAUAAUUUGGCCAUCAUAGAUAGACGAAUAAACGUUUAUUUAUCAUUAGAGUCGGAUAUUUCGAAAAAAUACGGGUCGAAAAUUCGCAAAGUAAGAAUUGCAAUGGCGAGUAGAUCCCGUGUGAAAAAUCAGUUACGGAAGUGUUCAAUAGCAGUAUCAAUGUGCUUAACGAGUGCUUCGUGUCUAAGCAAAAAUAAAUUCAACUUUACUUUUUUGUUGUCUGUUGGUUGAUGGGAGGACGUUGUUAUUAUUCCGAAUUGUUAAAAUAGAAAUAAUACAUUGUACAUUUUUCCUGCACGAAUAUGUACCUACUCUUGUUCA